CCUUUUCCUUACCAAAUUGGAAUUAGUUUCCCAACUAAUAAAACACACCAAACCCUUUUCCCAUGUAGUAAUAAACCUACUAGUAUAAAUUAUCCUCUCUCUCCUCUUUUUCCGGUUUCCAAAGCCAUACUUCCAUCUACUGUUCCCUUCUCUCUCUCUCUCUCUCUCUCUCUCUCUCUCUCUCUCAUUCCUUCGGCCGUGCCACCUGUCUUUUUCCCGCCGGUGAAUCCUUCCUUCGCCGGAGGAAUCUCUGCGGCACAAUUCUCGCCCGACUGCUCUCCGUCAACCAGUAGUGUUGGUUCGUGGCGCGUGGAGUUGGUGGCUCGGUUGGUGGAAUCGGUCCGAUCCUCGAGUUUGACUCGGUAGCCGGCGAGUCGCGAGAAUGUGGUGAGCCUGAGGCCUUUCUUCGGAUCUCUCAUGGCCGAAAUUGUGGCCUAGAGUUUCGUAUUCGGCUUUUGUUAUUUGUUUGUUCAGCGUAGUCGAAAGAAGACGGAGGCUCACAGAGAAAGGCUUCGGAAUGAAAUGGUGGAAGGAAGGGUUUGUAGCUCCAGAGAUGCUAAGUUAGAAUUAUUGAAGCGUAAAAGGCUUCAGCAUAUAAAGCCCGAACCUUUGACCGACAAUAUAUGUGUCAUUAACAUGAAUAGAAGCGGAGGAGAUGCUUUAAGAGCUCCAGCAUCAUGUGGUGUGAGGUUACAUGGUAAUCUUGAUACAUUUUCUCGAUCUGGCGGAGCUUCAAAGGGGAAUGAUGCCUUUUCAAAGCACAAUGUUGCUAAGUUUGACGUAAAUGAUCUAGAAUGGACUGAAAAAAUUCCUGAGUGUCCUGUUUACAGUCCAAGUAAAGAGGAGUUUCAGGAUCCUUUGGUUUAUCUGCAAAAAAUAGCUCCUGAAGCUUCAAGAUAUGGCAUAUGCAAGAUUGUUUCCCCUUUGAGUGCUUCUGUUCCAGCUGGUAUAGUGCUGAUGAAGGAGAAAGUAGGUUUUAAGUUUACAUCUCGAGUGCAACCCCUUCGUUUUGCUGAGUGGGAUACAGAUGACAAGGUCACCUUUUUCAAGAGUGGGAGAAAUUACACAUUUCGUGAUUUCGAAAAGAUGGCGAACAAGGAUUUUGCUCGUAGAUACUGUAGUGCUGGAUGUCUUCCUGCCAUAUACUUGGAGAAAGAAUUUUGGCAUGAAAUAGCUUGUGGAAAGACUGAAAGCGUUGAAUAUGCUUGUGAUGUUGAUGGCAGCGCAUUUUCGUCUUCUUCAGAAGACCAGCUUGGGAAAAGCAAAUGGAAUUUAAAGAAACUUUCUCGGUUGCCCAAGUCUAUAUUACGUCUUCUAGAAACCACAAUUCCGGGAGUUACAGAUCCAAUGCUUUACAUAGGAAUGCUAUUUAGUAUGUUUGCUUGGCAUGUGGAGGAUCAUUAUUUAUAUAGUAUCAACUAUCAUCACUGUGGUGCGGCAAAAACUUGGUACGGUAUUCCUGGUCAUGCAGCAUUGGAAUUUGAAAAGGUGGUCAGGGAGCAUGUUUAUUCUCGCGAUAUACUAUUGGCUGAUGGAGAGGAUGGUGCAUUUGACGUGCUUUUGGGGAAAACGACUUUCUUUCCACCAAAUAUUUUGGUAGAACAUGACGUCCCCGUCUACAAGGCUGUGCAAAAGCCUGGGGAAUUUAUAGUAACUUUCCCCCGAGCAUAUCAUGCAGGAUUUAGUCAUGGUUUUAAUUGCGGUGAAGCAGUAAACUUUGCAAUUGGUGAUUGGUUCCCUCUGGGUUCGAUUGCUAGUCGGCGUUAUGCACUUCUUAAUCGAAUUCCUCUCCUUCCUCAUGAAGAGCUCCUUUGCAAAGAAGCAAUGCUGCUUCACACGGAUUUGGAACUUGACAAUCCGAAUUAUGCUUCUGCAGACUUAAGCUGUCACCAUAGUAUCAAGAUUUCUUUUGUUAAUUUGAUGCGAUUCCAGCACCGCGCUCGCUGGUGUUUAAUGAAAAGUAGGGCAUGCAUUGGUGUUUCUCCAAUUGCCCAUGGAACUAUUCUCUGCAGUUUGUGCAAGCGUGAUUGUUAUGUAGCAUACCUUAAUUGCAGCUGUUGCUUGCACCCCCUAUGCCUUCGUCAUGAGAUUAAGUCGCUUGACUUACCUUGUGGGGGGAAUUUUACUCUGUUCUUGAGGCAAAAUGUUUCUGACAUGGAAGCUGCAUCCAAGAGGUUUGAGCAUGACGAAAGUAUAUUGUCUGAGGCUCAACAACAAUGUAGAAGUGGCGAUGACUUGUCUAUUCUACUGAAAAUGUUUCCAAUAGCAGAAGAGGAUGGAUAUACCCUUUAUUGCCCUACAAACUUUGAUCUCCGCCCAGAGAUUGCUAAGUCAGAUGAUCAGAUCCAACAACCAGAGUUUGGCUCUCACAGCCAGCAUAUGUCCUGCGCUGGUGCAGAAAAGUGCAAAGCUGAAGGAUUGGAUACUUGUCUUUCUCAUGCUGCACAAACAAUAUGUCCAGCCAAGAAGCUUCUCAUACCCAACAAUCAGGUACAGAAUCAUGCCAGCUUAGGUUUUGAAGAUCUUACAGCCACUAAGCAUUUUAAAGACGCACAUUCCGUUGUUUAUGAGUCUUCAGAGUCGUGCAUCAGCGAUUCAUGUUUGAGCACCCAACACGGUAAUAUUCAAGAGUCAGGGGUUAGGCCUGUUUUGAAUCAGGACAGUGAUGAGUCUGAUUCAGAGAUAUUCAGAGUUAAACGUCGUUCUUCUGUGAAAGUGAGACAGAGAAAUGUGAUUGAUGCCUUCUCAAAUUUUGAACAUCAGGGACUUAAGCGACUAAAGAAACUCCAACCUGAGGAAAGGGCAAUGAGAAGAGAGCCACACCCUGUAGAGAUUGGGCCGAAGCGAUUUAAAGUCAAAGGUCCGACAAUUAUUGGGCCUCACAGCAAGUUGCAUUGAGUAGAUCCCUGCUAACUUUGUUUCUCUAACAGGGUUCUAACGACAGGAAAAAAACUGAAGAAUUGUUUCGGGUAGCAGCACAAAAUUAACCUGAGUUUAGAUGACAAAACUACAUUCUUUCUGCAGGCCUCAAAUUGGGGCUAUUCGCAGGAUGGUGAUAUUCUUGAGGUUCUCGGGCCGGGGAGUUUUUGUCUUGUGGCAGGAGAACCUUUUUCUGCAAACAGAAGGUAGAUUUUUAGGUUAGUGGCUUUUGUUGUAAAUUUAUUUUAACAGUCAAAAGUAAUUCUUGUUAGGAAAAUGGGUAUUCCCAUGAUCAUGUUACUUAGUCUGCUGCUUCCUCUUAUUAGGUUAUUCUUUGUAGCAAUGUGGCAUAAUUGUGCCUUGGACUACUUGAAUAAAAUUCACAGUAAAUUCAUCAAUUGGAAUUGUGGCAUCCUUGAAAUUUCUUAUUUC